AUGGGUUCCGACACGGAUGCCACAUCGGCCAUUGAGCUUCAGAGUUUCAGCAACUCGCCGCGGGCGACGAGCUCAGAGGGCCGCGCCGAGGACGGCACCGCCGGGAUGGGCCAUGAGAUGCCCAGCCUACCUCCCGUCGAUGGCGGCAAGGAUGCCUGGCUGUUUCUGGCUGCGUGCUUCAUGAUCGAGGCACUGGUCUGGGGUUUUGGCUAUUCGUUCGGUGUCUUCCAGAGUUACUACAGCACCCACGCGCCGUUCAUGGGAGAGAGCAACAUCCCCGUCGUCGGGACAUGCGCCCUGGGCAUCAUGUACCUCGACACGCCAGUUGUCAUGUACCUCCACCGGCGCUAUCCCAAGCAAGGCCGUUGGAGCACCAUCGCGGGGCUUCUGAUCAUGUGUCUCGCUCUGGCGCUGUCGUCUUUCUGCACCACCGUGACGCAACUGAUCGUGACCCAAGGCAUCUUCUACGCCAUCGGCGGCUCCAUCGCCUACUCGUCCUGCAUCAUCUACCUCGAAGAAUGGUUCGUCGCCAAGCGCGGGCUUGCCUACGGCAUCAUGUGGUCGGCCACGGGCCUGGCAGGCGUGAUCCUGCCUCUGCUGCUAGAGUAUUUACUCUCGUCGCAGGGCCACGCGACGACGCUUCGCAUCUUCGCGUGCGCCGUCUUUGCCCUGACGGCGCCGCUGUCCUACUUCGUCCGCCCGCGGCUGCCCGUCGCCCAGGCCUCGCACGCCAAGCCGCUGACCCUGUGGUUCCUCGCCGACCGCCGCUUCAUGCUGUACCAGGCCUUCAACAUCGUCGAGUCGGUCGGCUACUUCCUCCCGGGCAUCUACCUGCCCUCGUACGCGAGCGCCGUGCUCGGCGCGAGCUCCUUCCCCUCAGUCGUCACCAUGCUGCUCAUCAACGUGGCCAACACCUUUGGCUGCGUCGCCAUGGGCUCGCUGAUUGACCGCCUCGAGGUGACGACCUGUCUCUGGGUGUCCACCGUCGGCGCUACCGUCGGCACCUUUUUGAUUUGGGGCUUCUCGGUUAACCUGCCCGUGCUGUACCUCUUUUGCGUCGUCUACGGUUUGUUUGCCGGGUCGUACAGCUCCGCCUGGCCGGGGGUUAUGACCGAUAUUACGAAGAGGGGUGCCGAUGACGCUGCGGCGGAGGGGAACGGGAAUGAACAUGGUAAGACGGCCGACCCGAGCAUGGUUUUUGCCUUCCUGGCUAUGGGCCGCGGCAUUGGGAAUGUGGUUUCCGGUCCGCUCAGCGAGGCCAUGGUGAAGGCGCAGCCUUGGCAUGGGCAGGCUUUUGGCGGGUAUGGGAGUGGAUAUGGCGGGCUGAUUGCUUUCACUGGCGCAACUGCUUUGCUUGGCGGCGGUAGCUAUGUUUGGAAGAGGUUGGGGUGGCUCUGA